AUGGUCGCUAUCCUAGCAGAUAACCUUGCCGUCAACGAUGGGCCCUUGAACUCAGAGAAUGCAGCUCUCCUGCGUCCUUCCGAUCCCAGCCUGCCGCUAGAGGAAUUACGAAAACGAUACGAAGAGGACGGAUACCUUCUCGUAAAGCAAGUCAUCCCUCGCGACGACGUCCUCGCUGCCCGCGAGACAUACUUCUCACUAGUCGAAUCAACCGGCGUCCUGAAGCCCGGCACCAAACCCGUAGAAGGUGUUUUCGACCCAGCGAAAAACCACGAAGAUUACCCAGGUAUUGGUGCCGGCCAUGCUGAUGCCAAUGGACGACCAGGAGGUGAUAAAGCCUCUGCCUUUGUUGAUCUGGCCUUGGAUGCACACUAUCAAGAUUGGUAUGCGGAGAAAUUCUGCAAUCACCCUGCUUUGAAAGACUUCAUUGCCCGGUUCUCUGGCUGGGAAGAGAAUACGCUUAGCUUCCGUCGCACACUGUUGAGGAAUAAUCUUCCUGGUUCGAAACCUAUUGGCGUACACUAUGAUCAAAUUUUCUUGCGGUAUGGUGAACCGACUAGCAUUACUGCUUGGGUCCCUAUUGGAGAUAUUAAGCUUAAUGGUGGCGGGCUUAUGUAUCUCGAGAACAGUGACCGCAUCGGUAUUGAAACGGAACAGGCAUUCUUCAAAAAGGCAACGGAGGCAGGCAUGACUGAUGAAGAGGCUCGUUCUGCUUUCAACUCAAACAUGAUGACUACGGGCUUACUCUCGGAAUUUCCGUCUCAGUUCGCGCGUGAACAUGGCAGCCGCUGGCUGGUGUCGGCCUACGAGGCUGGGGAUGUUGUCUUGCAUAAACCCCAUAUGAUUCACGCGUCAACUAUCAACAAUGAUCCGGAAAAUGUAAUUCGUCUCGCUACGGAUCUCCGUUUUUGCGAUUCUUCGAAACCGUAUGACAAGCGGUGGAUGAACGACUAUCGUUUCGGUGAUGGAGUUUAA